CACAUGGUGCCCAACUGCCACUAUGCGUUGCACUAUCCAGUGUUUUAUGAACGCUUCGGGCCCGUGUAUGCUUGGUGGCUCUUCGCACAUGAGCGCUUCAACGGGAUCCUCGCCGACGUCAACCUGAAUGGUCGCCCUUGGGGCGAGAUGGAGCUCACAUUGAUGCGGAACUGGCAGUACAAGCUACGCUUGUAUGAGCUCGUGAGU